CAAACGCACAGCCAUGUUGCUGCUGUGGAUCUUCCUCUCCCUGGCUCCCUCUUUUCUCCUGCCUGCAACUGGGGAGGUGGUACAAAGUUUCAAAACCUGCAAUCAGUUCUUCUUGGAUGAGAAACCCCCCAAAUUGCGCCCGAUGAAUCCGGCCAGAAUCUGCCAGAGGUAUAGAAACCAGUAUCGGUUUGCCACAAUGUACGACAAGACUUGGCACAUCCCCAUGUACUCGGCAUAUAAGUAUAACCCUGGUGCAGGUGAACGAUCAGAGGACUGGAUGAUUGAACCGCAGCUUGCCCUACCUGGAGAUCACAAUCGAAAAAGCAUGGAAUUGGAAUCGACCUGUGGGAUUAACCAAACCCUCCUGGAAAGAAGCCAGGCUGUUGACCAGGAUUACCGAGCGGCUGUGCGGCAGGACAGGGGACACUUGGCGCCAUCGUCCCAUCAACCAGAUCAGGAUAGCAAAGCUGCAACCUUCACCUUAACCAACAUCGUGCCCCAGUUUAGUGCCCUCAAUCAGGGACAAUGGAGAGAAUAUGAAGAACAUAUAAAUACAGACGGAUGCCGUGAAACAUAUAUCCUUGUGGGUGCGGUGCCUGGGAAUAAUACGAUCAAUAACAGAGUGAAUGUACCCAGUCAUAUCUGGGCUGCGGGUUGUUGUGUGCUUCAAAAAGGCAAAAGAUCCUGGGCAGUCAUUGCUGAAAAUAACCAGAAUAAGGUAGACAAUCUUACCUUGAGGGAGCUGCAAGGAGAACUUGCUAAACACUACGGGAAGAAAACAAUUGAUCUUUUCAAUAAUGCUUGUUAACUGAGCUCCCAGAGCAAAUGAAAGCAAAGUACAAACCAAGCAGCUUAGUUGUUCUACAUAUGGGAAAAAUGCAGUUAAUUUUAAUUCUGGUUUGAACUGUAGCUUUUUCUUUUUCCUGCUAAAUGUUGUGAAAUUCCAGGCUGUUUGAUUAGAUUAUGCUUCAG